CGAUGCAACACUUUAUAGUAUAUUUCAUGCGUUAUCCCCGGACGAUAUAUACCGUUUGGUUUUCUGAGAGUAUGUAAUAUGAAGCAUAAACUAUUGCUUAUACUGCUAUUGGGAUCUACUAAUGUACUAGUAUUAGUGUUUAUUCUUCAGCUGGGAAAAGUAGACCUUGGAAAAGUACCGAUAUUCAUUAAGACAGCCCCCAAACGCUCGGCUCCGAAAAUCAUCAAAUAUAAGAAAGAUGUACAAUCAAAGAAAGGUGAUCACUGGGGACCUUUCAAUAAAAUCCAACCGGUCAUAUCAAACAUCACAAAUAAUCUAGAAAUCCCACCAAACCAACUGGAAUACUUAGAAACAGUGUAUAAACACACAUGUCCGGAGCAUUCUCGGAGAAAACUGAAUCAUCGGCAUGAAACACAAGAAGAUUAUCGCAGAUACAAUAACUAUAGCGACGUGGCUCUAUUGAUAGUUUUCAAUACAGCCCACUAUGAAGUGAUUCCUUUAUUGGAGACUAUGUACAGAACAUCAUUUCCAAAGAUACUGUAUUGCGGGCCUGGAGAACUACCUCAGAAAAUUAUUCAAUGGUUAAGUAUAUCAUUUAUUUCAUAUGGGAGGUCUCCGAGGGGUCGUUUAGACGGUGCUGCAAACUAUGAAUGCCUAACGAUGGCAUUCUCUCUCAAGCUCAACGUCACCGGAUAUAUAUUCUUAGGUGAUGACGUUAUGUUUAAUUUUUGGAAUUUACGUCUUCCCAAGAAUAUCCCAUGGAGCUCACCACAGUUGAUAGGUGAUCUCUCUGAGAAGAAAACGAAAGAAUGCACCUAUGACAACAGUCUCGAGGAUUGGUUCUGCUACGCAACCAAGUGGACUUGGUGGCCUCCAUUUAGAUUCGCGACACUAGAUGCCCUUGAACACCUCCAGCAUGUCUCAAAAUCAUCGCAAGUGGUACAUGAAUGCUUGGAGAAUUUGAAGUGUCGCAACGGAGCCGCCCACAGAGUAAACCGGGGCCUCGCUGAUAUAUACUACGUCCCUAGCAAAUAUGCAAGAGAAUAUAUUGAACUCUCAACAAUAUUCUGGAAAAACAAAGUAUGGUUAGAAAUAGCUGUUCCGACAAUACUAAACUGUAUCGCAGAGGAACGUCCACCUAUAAUACCUGGAUCAUACUUCAAAGAUUACACAGAGCUAAGAAACAAGCCAUGGGUCCAUUUUCCUGUCAAUGUGGACAAAGUAUUCUUUCAUCCAGCUAAACUUAGCGCAGUAAUUGAGAAGUCUCAGGACCACGUAACAUACUUUUGUGAUGUUGUCAUGACUGAAAUUGUUAAAAACACCUGA